CGCAGUGUAGUGUACGGUGUGGCCAUCUUGAAAAAAGAUAUGUCGUAUUGAGGUAAACGUCAACAGUCCCGUGUUUAUUUCACAUUACAUGUCCCCAAUUACGGCCAGUAAGAGGGCCAAAAAAGUUCAAUAAUCUGUUAUCUAUCAUUUUUUCGUUGACUGCCACGAGUUGUUAAAUUAACUUAUUGAAAUAGAAAGGAUGAAUCGAAGUGACGGAUUGGUACAGAGGCGUAGAGUUGUUAACAGCAAUAGUGGUACUGGAUUGGGACAAGAAGGUGGAACACCUGAUCAAAGUGGUGGCUACAAUGAUCAGGCAUCGGGAUACGGUGGUGAUAAUGACAGUAAUUCACUGAAAGAUCUCAAUUCAAAUCCAACUGCCGAUGAUGACUCGGACAAAGAGACACGAUUGACACUCAUGGAGGAGGUGCUUCUGCUUGGGCUCAAAGAUAAAGAGGGCUACACAUCAUUCUGGAAUGACUGCAUAAGCUCAGGGCUCAGGGGCUGUAUUCUAGCUGAGCUGGGCUUGAGAGGACGAGUUGAGCUGGAAAAAGCUGGUAUGCGCAAGAGGGGUCUUCUUUCACGUAAAUUAUUGGUCAAGAGUGAUGCACCAACUGGCGAUGUUCUCCUCGAUGAAGCACUCAAACACCUGAAGGAAUAUGAUCCACCAGAACCUGUUCAGAGCUGGAUCGAGUAUCUCAGUGGGGAGACAUGGAAUCCACUGAAGCUACGGUACCAGUUGAAAAAUGUUAGGGAGAGAUUAGCUAAGAAUUUAGUUGAGAAGGGAGUUCUCACGACUGAAAAACAGAACUUCCUGCUGUUUGAUAUGACCACACAUCCGCUGACAGAUAAUUUCGCAAAGACGCGUCUCGUUAAAAAGAUACAAGAGGCUGUUCUUUGUCGUUGGGUUAACGAUGCCGGUCGCAUGGACAGAAGAACACUAGCACUUGUUAUAUUAGCAUACGCUGCUGAUGUAUUAGAGAAUGCAUUCGCACCACUAUCAGACGAUGAUUACGAAGUAGCGAUGCGUCGAGUAAGGACACUGUUGGAUCUUGAUUUGGAAGCUGAAGCUGCCAAGCCAAAUGCCAAUCCCGUAUUAUGGGCUGUUUUUGCUGCAUUCAAUAAGUAGCAAUGGGAAGACAUAAAGAGUAUUCAGAAGUGUGACAGUGAGUGUGUCAGUUUACGUGUGCAAUCGUCCAUUAAUAUCAUAUCCCCGACCAAGUCGUUGAUGUUUUAAUGUCACAGAUCAUAACGAAACCAUUUCGAAAGAUAACAAUGUGCCAUUACAAUCGUGAAAACAUGAAUUACGGUAGAAUAUUGAUCAUUCCUUGGGGGUUCGACGAUUUUUGUAUGCAUAGAAAGAGGACAAAGGGAUUUAUAUGAGUUUCAAUCAAAUUAUCUCGGGGCUGUCAAGUAGUUGUCGAGAUGAAUAAAAGAGAUAUUCACUUCAGUGUUUCUUUGGUGCGUGAAUAAUGUGGAUGGAGUGGUCAGAGGAAAAUAAAGAUUUUUUGAAUAAUUGAAAUAUACGAGAGGAGCAAUUAACAGAGUUCCAAAGAGUUUUAUCAUUUCUAGAACUUUUUCACGGCGACAUGUAUUUUUUGUUUUCAUUAUUUUGAUCGAAAGGCACCAAGAUCGUUAUAAACGCUCGCCCAAGGGCGAAAGAAAAUUAGGAAUGAUUGAAAUAUACUGCCACUUUGACAUUCUCAUCAGUACUGUUGUUGUGGCAAAGCAAUAAUACUGGAGGGGAUAUGUUAACGGAAUGAUUGUAAUCCUACGAUUUAUCAUGUAUUAACAUUUUAUAUGCCAUCGACAGUUCGUGAGCAUGUUGUUACGCCAAAUGAGUUUCCUAUACAGAGUGUCCUUAAACUCCCGUCUAAUCUCUUCAGAAAUGAAAGACUGUCGUUUAGAGGUGAAUGCUUUUCUUCGACAUUUGUUAACGAGUUUCUAAUUGCUUAACUUAAAAAAUUCCAAUGGCAGUGGCUACUUUUGGCAAAAAUGGAGAAGAAAAGGAUAUUCAGGCACCUAUGGUAGACUUUUUUCACUCAAUCUUAUCCGAUGUUAUUGAAGUUAGACGGUCAUUGUCAAAUUUAUAGAUAAACUAUUCCAGUAGCCACGUCAUAAUGAGUCAAGUCAGCCGACGAUUUGUCAGCUUCAUCAAUAACUCAUUAACUAAUGUCCGAAGCUAGAAAGUGAGAAGGAACAUUUGGCUUGGAAUUCCACUCUCUUUCGUUCCUUAAAUAAGAUGAGAAUUGGAGACACCCUGUAUUGUAGGUUGGACGUACUGAUAACAUUUCAGAAGGAACAUUUCUUUGCCGAUUCAGAGUUUACGGGACGCACGUGAGUGUCAUUGUUAAUGAUGCAUAUUUUUUUUUCAGUAUAUUUUUGAUUUAUUAUCAUUCCAGUAAAUUAACGGGGGGAGAAUGAUUUACAUACUAUUCAACCUUUCAAUUGAUUGUUAUCUCGAAAUAUUACGUUCAUUAAUGGUGACAUUCUCGUAAUUGCACACGGUGCGAUUUCAUAAAACUACCAAUCUAAAGGUAUAAUAAUCUUAGACAUGUGAGCACGACUCACGUUAAUGUGGGUAACGAAAAUCUGAAAUUUUUCGCUAAGGAUCGAACGAAGAUUCAUGAUGUUUAUGAAUUUUGUUGUACAAAGGCAUGUGACGUAAAUGAUUUUGAAUUCACUAUACUGCGAGAAAACGGAAUAAUUGAAGCCAAGAAUUUAAUCAUUGAGGAUUAGAAUAUUUUAUAUUUUACUGCUUAUGGCAGUUUUAAUUUCGAUAAAGUUUUGUUGUCGUCUGGAAUUCUGAUUAUUUUGAGAACUAAUGCCAGAAAAUACAACAAUGAUUUUCUGAUUAUUUUUUAAAUUAUUAAAGAUAUAGUUGAUUGUACAGUUAUAGAGAGAAGAUAUUACCAUGUAUUUACAUUCAAUAGUUACUUAAUGUCGAUCAUCACUAGAAAUUGUAUUACAGUUAAGGGAAAUUAAAUAAAUACAAUAAAAUCAA